AUGUCACAUUUAGAUCAACAAUCAACUGGCUCGUUUGACCCAGACUCAUAUAAGCGUGCAAAUACUAUCAAUCAAGAACCAACAGUCAAGCCGGAAAUGGUUGUGAAAAACUUUGCCAAGACCUAUGAGACUCCCAGGCCCGGUGGCUAUCAGAGCUUUAUUGCUAACUUGGGCUCAAUUUUCGGCUCGUGCGGUAUGUUUUGUUUUCUUUGUGAAAACCCAUACAAGGAGGUUGACCAAGGUGAAGUUGGUCUAGUGCAAACUUUUGGUAGGUUGUCGAGAACUGUUGAGCCCGGCUUGAGCUAUGUUAAUACCUGGUCUGAGAAGUUGACUAGAGUCAGCGUCAAGAUCAACAUCCGCGAGAUCCCGGCUCAGAAAUGUUUGACCAGAGACAAUGUUAGUGUUGUGGUGACCUCGGUGGUUUAUUAUAACAUUAUCGAUCCAAUGAAGGCAGUUUUUUCGAUCCUGAACAUCCAUGACGCCAUCAUUGAAAGAACUCAAACUACGUUGAGAGAUGUUAUUGGUGGCAGGAUUUUGCAGGAUGUCGUUGAAAAAAGAGAAGAAAUUGCCGAGUCAAUCGAACACAUUAUUGCCAAGACUGCCUUUGAUUGGGGGGUCAAUAUCGAAUCGAUCUUGAUCAAAGACUUGACUUUGCCGGACAAAGUCCAAGCGUCAUUGUCGAUGGCAGCAGAAGCAAAACGUAUUGGUGAAGGUAAAAUCAUCAAUGCCAAAGCCGAAGUUGAAAGUGCCAAGUUGAUGAGAAAAGCUGCCGAUAUUUUGGCUUCGAAACCAGCCAUGCAAAUCAGAUAUUUGGACGCUUUGCAAAACAUGGCUAAAUCCCCAGGAACCAGGGUCAUAUUUAUGCCUUCGGCUCAGGAAGUCGAAAGAAUGGCCACUGCUAACAUAGGCGACACUUAUCUCGAUAAGGGCAAAGGCAAACCACAAGAUUUUGAAGAAGAUGCUGAAUGGGCCGCCGAGGAACGCAGAUACACUCCCCAGCAUGUUGGUAUAAACAACAACAAGCACAUUGCUGAUACUGUGGCUUUGCAGGAAGCCUUGCAACACUAG